AGCUAGAGAAAAAUUCCUUCCCUGGAUGUUCGUCAAGAUGGCGACUUGUGGACGGAGGCGCGGUGUCACAGGGAUUAGGGAAAGGGCGCCACUAAAUUCAACAGACUGCUACAUUGUCCGUGAAAUUUACAAUGGAGAGAAUGCACAGGAGCAGUUUGAAUAUGAGCUGGAGCAAGCCCUGGAGACUCAAUACAAGUAUAUUAUUAUUGAGCCUACCCGCAUUGGAGAUGAGACAGCGCGCUGGAUCACAGUUGGAAAUUGCUUGCACAAAACAUCUGUUAUUGCAGGAUCUGUUUGCCUGUUAACCCCAAUAGCACUGGCUUCGGAAUACACCCGUUACGUAACCCUGCCUAUUGGGGCCAUCAGUGUGGCCUGUGCAGCGCUCUAUGGCAUUUCUUGGCAAUUUGAUCCCUGUUGCAAGUACCAAGUGGAAUAUGACACCUGCAAACUCUCCCGAUUACCUCUGAAUACACUUACAUCAUCCACGCCCGUGGUUCUGGUUAGAAAAGAUGAUAUUUACAGGAAAAGACUCCAUAAUACAAUAGCACUGGCGGCCUUGAUGUACUGCGUUAAGAAAAUCUGUGAGAUCUAUGCAGUAUGACUGGGACAAAUGGAACAGUUGCGUAUUAUUACAUAUAACAUUGUGGUCAGUGGAGACUACAGGAGCAAGGUCUCCAAUAGAUUUUCAGAAGUAUCUCCCUUUGUGCACUGAUACUUCCAGUCCACAUAAUAGUUCUUGCCCAUCCCAAUGAUUAUGAUUCUCUGUAAAAGACCAGUAUAUACUUGACAUUUCUAUCAGAAAUUCAAUAUAUGCAGAACUACUGAUAUCUUUUGGUUGAUGAGUAGGCAACUGACCCUCUUGAUUACUUUCAUAUUCCAUGCAUUUCCAAAAAAUAGCAUUAUAUGGCUUGAAUGAAGUAUUUUAAGUUGCAUUCAUGACAUCUUGCAGUACAGAAUUCCCAGAUAAGUCCUGAUUAUUAGUCAAAAGUUUGUCAAUUUUUUUUUAGGAUAGAGAUUUUAUUUUAAAGUAAAAUAUGACCUUCAGAUACUAUCUUUUGGUGCUGCACUGUAGCACUUGAAAUUAAUUUAAUCUGAAGUUGCUGCAGUUUCAUUAUUAGAGGAAAGCCAAGUAGGUUUGCAACAGAAAUAAUCAUUGCAUCUGAAAAGGCAAUAUAAUUGAUUUGCAAACCUACGGUGACUUGGCACAUGUGAAUUUACCUGUCAUUUGCCUUUCAAAAUAAUUGGUUCGUUGACAUAUUUUUAGGUUUAUUUAAAAUUCUUAAAACAUCAUGGAGGAACACCUUAAAUGUUAAAAAAGUGGGACUUUAAUUUUGCCAGUUCAUUAUGUUUUUCUUUUUCUUCACAAACAAAAUUCCAUUUUGCUGCCCUGAUCCCUCCUUCUGCUAUAAUUGGAAUCUGAUAAAAUAAUUUUGAGUUGGCAUGACAUGUUGUAUGAUUUCAAAAUUGUAUCCAAGUAAGAUUUUAAGUUAGAACUUAAUCCGCAGUGCACAUGUUACCUGCUACUAGUUUCCCUGAAAACAAGUUGUAUUAUAAUGGACAGACUUUUUGUUAAAUAUGACAAUAAAAGGGAACAUUUUGGAUACAAUCUCAAUUUUGCCAAAAUUCCUAAUUGACUUUGAUUACAUUUCCAGCCUGACUCAUUGGUCAGUAUUUACUGCAUGUUUGAGUAUUUUAUUUUCAUUCCUCAUGAUAUUACAUGGGAAGCAAGAGGUCCUUGAUUGGUUUUGGGAUAUACUAACACUUUAGGAUUACAAUGCAACAAAACAAAUUUACACUUAUUUUCCUUGGCUUGCAUUGUGGAAAUGGUAUUUAUAUGAUGCCGUGAUGAAAUGUGUGUGUAUGGCAGGGCAAGGGGUGUGUCUAUGUGGUACACUUCAGGCAUAAAGAUAUUGGGAAUGUUAUGCAAAUUAUAUUUUAAGAAAAGGUAAUUUUUUGGAAACUUUAUAGAUAACUUGUAUCUUGGACAUUCUUAGACAAUCCAAUAAAGAAUGAAAAAUGCCA